CACACAGUCUCAGUGCAGCUGAUUAUGCAAAUAAACAGUCAGUGAAAAUCACUUUCUAAAAAGGUAUUCUUUUGCUCUCCUUUGAGUUAAUUGAAGAAUACAAGUCGUAUUUAUCUAUUGUACUUGCACAUCAUCGCAAAUGUCGAAUCAUUGUUGAGGAAUUUUAUGUAAUAUUGGUGUCUUGUUCAGAUAGUGACGUCGACGCGAGGUUGAAUUCCGUGGUGUUCAAAGACUGAAAGUGGGUCACUGAAAUGUCUAGUCAAACGAGUCCCGCUAAGUACUUCCUGUCCGGAGGAUUUGGGGGAGUGUGCACAGUCCUUGUGGGUCAUCCCUUGGACACUAUAAAGGUGCGCUUGCAGACGAUGCCAGUGCCGGAAGCCGGCCAAUCACCGCUGUACGCAGGCACAUGGGAUUGUGCAAAGAAGACAAUUCAACGAGAAGGCUUUCGGGGUCUUUACAAAGGCAUGUCAGCACCCAUAAGUGGUGUAGCGCCCAUUUUCGCUAUGAGUUUCUUUGGUUUCGGCCUGGGAAAGCGCUUGCUGCAGCAAUCGGAAGGCGAGAAACUGAGUAACGAAAAGCUCUUCCUUGCCGGUGCUUUCUCAGGUGUCUUUACGACGAGUAUCAUGGCUCCUGGAGAGCGUAUCAAGUGCCUCUUACAAAUUCAACAGGGAGGGAAUCAGCCACAAAAGUAUAACGGAAUGAUUGACUGCGCCAAACAAUUAUACAAAGAAGGAGGAAUCAGGAGCAUCUACAAGGGAUCCUUUGCCACACUCUUGCGAGAUGUUCCUGCCAGUGGACUUUACUACCUCACUUAUGAGUACACGAAGGACAAGGUGGAGCAGAAGAUGGGCUCGGAGGGAGGCGUUGGGUUGCUGGGCACGAUCUUUGCCGGCGGAAUGGCCGGUAUUGCCAAUUGGGCGAUUGGAAUGCCAGCUGAUGUGCUGAAGAGCCGGCUACAGACAGCUCCCGAGGGAACGUACAAGAAUGGAAUAAGGGACGUCUUUGCCGAAUUGAUGAGGCGAGAAGGGCCACUUGCUCUCUACAAAGGCGUCACACCUGUGAUGUUGCGAGCUUUUCCCGCCAAUGCGGCGUGUUUCUGUGGCUUUGAAGCCUUCAUGAAGUUCCUGAAUUUCGUGGCGCCCAAUUUGUAGGGUUUGGAAAAGGAAAGAGUCAGUUUUUUUCCAUAUAUGUAAAUUCUUUUUAUUAUCUUUCGUUACAAUAUUGAUUAGUGGAGGAAUAAAAGUAUAAUUCAGUUUUUGA